AGCAGGCCUAUGAAACGUCAGAUCACACCAUUGCCCACAUUGAUGAGCAACGGGCCGGAACUAUAUUAAAACGAUGGAAAGAGGCAGUAUCUCCACCGUCGCACAGACCAUCCCUAUGCCUGUUGUGCACCAGCUCAGCUGCUCCAUAGAUGGUCCCCAAUGUCAUGGUAAUAUGGACGGACAGGGGACCGGGACUUCCAAAGUCUUUCUGGCUUACAAAAACGCUUCACAGCAUCUGAGUUCAUCGGGAAUCAAAGCAGGCUUGGGGAUACUUAAAGUGGCUUCGUCUCAGUGGAAACAGGAGAAGAAGACGCGCUCUGUGGCACCUGUUAGGCAACUUUCCACCACCAACAGCAGCCACCCAUGCAAGAGAUCCCCCCUGGAUCAGCUGGCAGCUCUGGUUCUGCACGGUAAAAACCGGCAGCGCCAGAUUGGCCACGAGCAAGCACCGACCAAGCCACAGAACUGUAAGCGCAUUGUGGUUCUUGGUGCGCCAAGGGUUGGCAAGACCUCCAUCGUUAGAAGAUACCUUCGAGAAGGAUUCAUAGAGGAGUACAAUCCGACCUCCGAGGAUUUCCUCCGUAAAAUGUUUCGCAUUCGUGGAGAGAGCUACCAAAUUGACGUUCUGGACGCGUCCAGGGAAAGGGAUUUCCCAGCCAAGCGGCGGCUAUCUAUCCUCACUGGAGACAUUUUUCUUCUUGUAUUCAGUCUCGAUGACCGGAGCUCUUUCGAAGAGUUGUGUGCCCUACGAAAGGAGAUUCUGGCCGCUAAAUCCAAGCUCAACUCUGUGCCAGAGCAUUGCGCACAGCCGCAGAUUCCUCUGGUGGUCUGCGCCAACAAGGUGGAUCUCCUGGAGUCAGAGAGAGGAAUAUCUAGGGAAGAGGUGCUCAAAGCCCUCGGUGAUGAAUGUGCAUAUUUUGAAACGUCUGCAAAAGAAAGCACGAAUCUGGAGAAAGUGUUUGAGACUUUGGCAAAGCGAGGCGGGCUUCCUACUGAAACUGGCCCAUCUCAGCACCGCAAACUGUCCAUGCGUUCGUAUCAGGCAAUUCGGACAGGCCGUGUGCCCGGUAGGGUCAGCAAGAGUCUGGCGCGAGAUGAUGCCUGCGGCGCCCUGUAUCCUCUGGCCCGUCGGCCCAGUUUUACCACCGAUCUCAAACAAGUCAUUGGGCCUCUUACUGCAACAAAGCCAGGAAAAGCACUGGAGAAGUGUCCGAUUCAGUGAGAGACAAUUAGAGAAGGAGACGAAGUGUAUAGAACGGAUAAAUACAACACAUUAAGCACUGAUAUUCUUUAAAUACAAGCCAUUAUUCCUGUCUAU